GAGAGAAAUCAAUGGCACACUAUAUAUAAACAUCCUAAGACCAUUCCUCUAUUGCAGCUCCUCUAUCACUGUCUCACAUGUGAACCGUGGAGGCCGUCAGGAUUAAGGACAGUGCGAGGAGAGAAUUAUAUAUGGAUCAGAAAAGAACCAUAGAAGACAUUGACGGGGGUGAUCACGCAAGACAAGGAACCUUAUGGUCUGCUACAGCGCAUAUUGUUACCGCGGUCAUCGGCUCGGGGGUGCUAGCCCUGGCAUGGAGUGUUGCACAAUUAGGCUGGAUUGCAGGACCGCUCGCUCUCUUCGGCUUCUCCGGCGUAACCUAUUAUACUUCCACCCUCUUAGCCAAUUCCUAUCGAUCACCCGAUCCAAUCAUCGGAGAAAGAAAUCGAACAUAUAUGGAAGCAGUCAGAUCAUACUUAGGCCCCAAGGAAGUAUUCAUGUGUGGAGUUGCUCAGUAUGUAAAUUUAUGGGGGACUAUGGUGGGCUACACUAUAACAGCUACAACCAGCAUGAUCGCGAUAAGGCGAUCGGACUGCUUUCAUCGAAACGGGCACGGCGCAAGGUGUGAGGCCUCCGGGACCGUGCUCAUGGUAGUGUUUGGGUUAAUUCAAGUUGUGCUCUCUCAAUUUCCAAGCUUGGAGAACAUAACAUGGCUGUCAGUGGUGGCAGCUGUGAUGUCAUUUGCUUACUCCUUCAUAGGGCUUGGUCUGUGCAUAGCACAAUGGGCUUCUAAUGGUGGAAUCAGAGGGGGGCUGGCCAGUUCCAGUGCGGUGUCAUCGAGCAAGAGAGCAUGGAAUUCACUACUAGCAUUGGGGAACAUAGCUUUUGCUUACACUUUUGCUGAGGUCCUGAUUGAAAUCCAGGAUACAUUGAAGUCCCCUCCACCAGAAAACAAAACAAUGAAGAAGGCAGCCAUGUAUGGAAUAGGGGUCACCACAAUCUUCUACCUUUCUCUUGGCUGCAUCGGAUACGCAGCUUUCGGGGAUGAUGCUCCUGGAAACAUUCUCGCUGGUUUCGGAAUCUACGAGCCCUUUUGGCUCAUCGACGUUGGAAAUAUAUGCCUCAUCCUUCAUCUAGUGGGAGCAUACCAGGUCUAUGCACAACCAGUCUUUGCCACUAUAGAGAGACGGAUCGCCUCACAGUGGCCAGAAGCCAAGUUCAUCCACAGGACCUACACUGUAAGAGUGCCCCUCAUGGAGGGCGGCCCCUUAAGCUUCACGCUUUCGAAGCUUCUCCUCCGAUCGGUCUUCGUCCUCCUCACGACAUUGGUGGCAAUGCUGGUGCCAUUCUUCAAUGCUGUCUUGGGCCUUCUUGGUGCAUUGAGCUUUUGGCCGCUGACCGUCUUCUUUCCAGUGAGCAUGCACAUAGCUCAGAGGGGGAUUGGGUGGGGAGCUCCUAAGUGGGUGUUGCUGCAGAGUUUGAGCAUGCUGUGUCUUCUGAUUUCAGUUGCAGCCAGCAUUGGUUCUGUGGCUGACAUUGUGGAUAGCUUAAAGCUCGCCACCCCUUUCAAAAUUGUGAGCUGAAGGUGGUGUUCAUAUAGCUCCGAACUGCUGAAGUUUGUGCACAACUAAAUCAGAGUUAGGAGUCUGAUGCAUGCUGAAAUAAUUUACAUUGUGAUCCUGGGAGAAACCAAGAUGAGAGUUCUAUGUGCAGACAGUCCUAAAUGAGAAGAUUUUGCCUCUGUCUUGUGUCAAUUUUGGACUCUGUCAUGGCAUAUGGAAAUCCAAAGAAAGACUUGUCGUGGGCUCACAUAUCUAAACUAAUCAAGUUGGAAUAUUUGCUAGGCUUA